AUGCCGGCGAUAAGAGUGUUAUCGGCGUUAGAUGCGGCGAGGAUACAGUGGUAUCAUUUCAAGGCGAUAAUAGUCGCCGGAAUGGGACUAUUCACGGACGCAUACGAUCUCUUCUGUAUAGCUCCGGUUAUGAAAAUGAUUAGCCAAAUCUAUUACCACAAGGACUCAAUCGGAACCGCCGUGCUCUCAACUUCCUACGCCAUCGCUCUCCUCGGAACCGCCAUGGGCCAGCUCGUUUUCGGUUACUUAGGCGACCGAGUCGGACGCCGACGAGUCUACGGUCUCUGUCUUCUCAUCAUGGUGUUCAGCUCCUUCGGCUGCGGUUUCUCCGUCUGCACGACUCGUCGUUCUUGCGUCAUGGCGAGUCUUGGAUUCUUCAGGUUCGUGCUCGGUCUCGGGAUCGGCGGAGAUUACCCUCUCUCGGCGACGAUCAUGUCGGAGUUCGCUAAUAAGAGGACGCGUGGAGCUUUUAUCGCCGCCGUGUUCUCGAUGCAGGGGCUUGGCAUUUUGACGAGCUCUGCCGUUACGAUGGUUGUGUGCGUGGCGUUUAAGAGCGCCGGAGAGGGGAGUUUGGGGAGUAAGAAAGCGGCCGGGGUGGAGACUUUGGCUCCGGCGGAUUCAGAUAUUGCUUGGAGGUUGAUUCUGAUGAUCGGUGCUCUUCCGGCGGCGUUAACGUUCUAUUGGCGAAUGCUCAUGCCUGAAACCGCCAG